GGGCUUCAGGCAUCAAAUUCACGUAUUUUAUCUAUCAAUCAUUUCAGCAAGGUAGAUUUAGAGUAAAUUUGUAACACAGACAAUUGUAUUUCAGUGGUUCAAAUAGGAGGAAUCGUCGUAACAGAAAGAGAGGGCUAUUUUAAUUCCAGUUGUAACUUAAGUCACAUUAUCAUUGUAAUUAUAAAUCAAAAAACACCAACCUUACCAUUAUAACCCGAAAGAAUUAAGUUCCAUAAUGUCAGCUGUUGAAAACUUUGUAGAGGUUUUGGAUGGUUUAAAGUCUAUGAAGACUGGUAUUUCAGGUACUCGUAUCAGAAAAUUAACGCAACUUGCUGUCGACAAUGUUAGCUUAGAAUCUCAAUUUGUUGAAAAAGCUGAGAAGUAUUUGAAAGAGGCCGGUGAAAACCAUAAACUUGGUGCUUUGUAUGUUAUUGACUCCAUUGCAAGAGCUUACAAAGAAAAAGCGAACAAGUUGGGUGAAACUGUCAAUGCAAGCGCAAAAGACGGUACUUACGCAGAUGCGCUUUACAAAUUGAACACUUUUAUUCCAGAAGCUCUUACAAUUGUUCUUGAUACUGUUACUUCAGAGCAAAAAGAAAAAGUUGGUAAAUUAUUAGAUAUUUGGAAGAAAUCUGCUACAUUUGAAGCGCAACAAUUACAACCAAUUAAAAAUAAGUACUUUGUUAGUAACGGUGGAUCUAAUGCUGCGUCAGCCUCUGCUUUAGCUGGUAAUAAUCAACCUGCACCAGCUCCUGUACCAGCUCCUGUUCAAGCACAAGCUCCAGCUCCAGGUCAAUUACCAAACUUAGCAGCUUUAAGCUCUAGUGAUCCAAAUGCUCAACAAGCUGCUUUGUUCCAAAUGUUGCAAACAUUGCAAGCGACUGGUCAAAUGCCACCUUUACCUACACAGCAACAACAGCCACCAAUGCAACAACCAGGGCGUCCACCUGCUCAAGGUUUAUCACAAGAAGAAGCUUUCAGAAACUUCAGAAACCAUGGAGGCAGUCAAGAUCGUGAACGUGAUAAUAACAGAUAUUCAAGAAGAGGAGGCCGUGAUAGAUCCAGAUCACCUAGAAGUGAUGGUAGAAAUGCUCCUCCACCAGGACAUGUUAUUGGUGAACGUAAUAUUCCAGGUACUCCACAUUACAGAGAAAAGUUUGUCAGUUCUGACCCUAAUGUUCCUGAUGGUUCAAUUAAAGUUUUAAGUCGUACAUUAUUCAUCGGUGGUGUUCCAAAUUAUAUGGAUGAUCAAGAAUUGGCGUCAGUUUUAAGACCAUAUGCUGAAGUUCAAAGUGUCAUUUUGAAUAAUGAACGUAAACAUGCUUUUGUAAAAGUUUAUUCAAGAGCUGAGGCUGAAAGUGUUAUUUCAUCAUUCAACAAAAAUGGUGCUUUAUCAUUAAGAACCCGUUGGGGUGUUGGGUUUGGUCCUCGUGAUUGUUGUGAUUAUCAACAUGGUACUAGUUUGAUUCCAAUUGAAAGAUUAACAGAUGCUGAUAGACGUUGGGUUAAUGCUGCUGAAUGGGGUGGUAUUGGUCUUGAUAGACCUUUGACCUCAGGUCUUGUUAUGGAAGAACCAGAUAUUGAAAUUGGUGAAGGUGUUUCCUCAAAAGCUAUCUCCAAGAAAAUGCCUACAGAUGGUUCAAGAAACGGUCCAAGAUCUACUAAACCAGGUGAACCAGAUGAUAUUUACACUGAUCCAUUAAACAACUCUAACAUUCCAUCCUUCAUGCAAGGUGGUAACAAAGCUAAUCCAUUGGCCAAUUUGUUUAAUCAAUCACAAUCAGCUGCUCCAGCUCCAGCCCCAGCUCCUCCAGCUGCUGGUGGUGAAGCCAAUGCCCAAUUAUCAAACUUGAUGGCAUUCUUGCAACAGCAACAACAAAAAUAA